UUUUUUUCCUGUGUUCGCUCGUCCAUCUCACCGGGCUUGAAGGAGGAGACGCGAUUCAGCAGGAAAAAAAUAAAUAAUAAAUUAAUUAAAAAUCCGGAGGGGUACAAAAAAAAAACACAAAUCAGAGCGGGUAUAGAGAGGCCCCUCUUGACACGGUGUUUAAAUACAGAAAGAGCCUCCCGACAUGUUUUUUUACGCGUUGCGACACCAGAUAAUUUAAGGACAAAGGCGUCUGGAUAUUUUUUUUGAGUAGAAAGUGUAAUUUUUUGCGAGUGGCUGUGGUGUGUGUUUGUUUUUCUGAGGGGCGGAGAGGGAGACGGAGAGGCUGCGGUUGUCUCUAAGCUAGUUCGGGUUCGACAGAGCUGAUGUCGCGGCAGCACCCGGCUUCGUCCCGCUGUAUUUGGGACCGGUGAUCGAGAGCGGAGCAGCGGGGGUUUGCCCGGCUAGGAAACCGUACCAGCCGUCCCACAAGCUCGACUGGACAGCCCUCUCUCCCUCUCCCCCCCUCCCUCUCCACACCGGGUCUCCAGAGCCGGCUAGCAGUGUGAAGACGGAGAGCCUUCGGUAAGAGGGGACUAGGCAAGUCCGAGGCCCCCCCCCCUGUCCCGCCACCCUCCUCUCUGCUACCCCCUUCGCUCAGAGAGCGAGCAAACCCGGCGUGUCGAGCCAGCGAGCCCCGGGAGGAAGGGCUUGUAAAGAGUAAGGGUAAUGACUUUGGAAUCCAUGAUGGCUUGUUGCCUCAGCGAAGAGGCGAAGGAGUCAAAACGGAUCAACGCGGAGAUCGAUAAGCAGCUCCGCAGAGACAAGCGAGACGCCAGGAGGGAACUCAAACUGCUAUUACUCGGAACGGGAGAGAGUGGAAAGAGCACGUUUAUCAAACAGAUGAGGAUUAUCCAUGGAGCUGGCUACACUGACGAGGACAAGCGAGGCUUCACCAAGCUGGUCUACCAGAACAUCUUCACUUCCAUGCAGUCCAUGAUCCGAGCUUCGGAGACCUUGAAAAUCCAGUACAAAUACGAGCAAAACAAGUCCAAUGCCCUGUUGGUUCGCGAGGUGGAUGUGGAGAAGGUCUGCUCUUUCGAGCACCCCUAUGUAAACGCAAUCAAAUUUCUGUGGACCGACCCUGGAAUCCAAGAGUGCUACGACCGGAGGCGGGAGUAUCAGCUCUCCGACUCGACUAAAUACUAUCUAAGUGAUCUGGACCGUAUAGCGGAACCGUCCUAUCUCCCUACUCAACAAGAUGUGCUUCGGGUUCGAAUCCCCACAACCGGGAUCAUCGAGUACCCCUUCGACUUGCAAAGCAUCAUUUUCAGAAUGGUGGAUGUGGGCGGGCAGCGGUCUGAGCGCAGGAAAUGGAUUCACUGCUUUGAGAACGUGACGUCCAUCAUGUUCCUCGUCGCUCUCAGUGAAUACGAUCAGGUCCUGGUCGAGUCUGACAAUGAGAAUCGAAUGGAGGAGAGCAAAGCGCUGUUUAGAACGAUAAUCACAUAUCCCUGGUUCCAGAACUCCUCCGUCAUCCUGUUCCUGAACAAGAAGGACCUGCUGGAGGAGAAGAUCAUGUACUCCCAUUUAGUGGACUACUUUCCGGAGUUUGAUGGUCCCCAGAGAGAUGCCCAGGCGGCCCGCGAAUUCAUCCUGAAGAUGUUCGUGGACCUGAACCCGGACAGUGACAAGAUCAUCUACUCUCACUUCACCUGCGCCACGGACACAGAGAACAUCCGCUUCGUGUUCGCCGCAGUGAAGGACACCAUCCUGCAGCUCAACCUGAAAGAGUACAACCUGGUGUAGACCCCCCCCCGCCACGCGCCACAGAAAAUUAAAAUUAUAAUAAAUACGAAAUCAAAUCUAUAUAUUGCUGAAAAUAUUUUAAACCUUUUUAAUAACAACAUACAAACAAAACGCAGUGCUGCGUCGGAUCUGUGCAAGUUUGUAAUUCGAUGGCAAGUCGUCCACAGAGCUUCUCUCGAUAAAUGAAAAAUCUACACGUGUACGAAAGAGAAGCUUUUAAGAUUGAAUUGAGCAGUACAUCGGGGGUGGGGGGUGUAUCCAUAUUCAUCUCUCUUAGUUCAGUAUUGAUGUUAUUUUAAUUAUGGGCCAAUCUGUACAUUUAUUUCAGCCUACCACAACUACUAUGUUAUAAUUUGCCAAACAAGCUUGGGCUAAUUUUUUGUUUGCCCCCCCCCCCCACCCUCCCCCCUCUCAUUGCCAAAUUUAAACACUGGACCAACUGACCUGCCCUGACCCCAUCCCCAUUCUGUGCUGUUUUAAAGACUGGCCACUAAACGUAGAUUUUGAAAACCAAAAAUUAUAAACAAACUCACUAUGUGGUGCAUGUGAUUUUAUCAUUUUUAGGGACAGUUCCGUCCCCCCCCCGUCCCCGUCCCCCAGGAAAUAACCCAACCAUCUGAAGUGAUUUCUAAUGAUGUAUUUACUGUUUUUAAUUGAUUUCUUCUUUCUUUACGUAUCAAUCAUAAAGUGUUGAUACUGUGAUUUGUGUUUAUUUUUUAUUGACGUAUUAAAAACAUAAUUAGUAACUUGCUGUUCUUUACAUUCAUGGACUACAAAGAUGGGAGGAAAACAAGCAAAAGAAAAAUAAAUAAAUAAGUCAGAAGACCAGGAAACGUGUUAAGUUAUUGGAGGGGGAAGAAUGACCUCUGGUUUUAUUUUAUACAGUUUAAAUUUAAAAGAAAAAAAAAAAAAAUCUUCUGUAGGCAUGGUUUAGAAGAUUUUAACCAAGAUUUAAAAAAAUAAAUCAUAAUUUUAUUUAUCUAAUUUAUGGACCAGAUUAUAUAUAUAUAUAUAUAUAUAUAUAUAUAUAUAUAUAUAUAUAUAUGUGUUGAGAGAGAGAUGUAGUUUAUAUAAAAAACACCUCUUCCACACAAUUCCCAGGCAGAGGUUGACGUCUCGACUGCUGUAAAAACUUCUUGUGUUCGGCUAAGUAAUCAGUUUUAUUUUAUUUAACUUGGAUGUCGAUGAUUGUUGUUGUUGUUGUUGUUAUUAUUAUUAUUAUUAUUAUUAUUAUUAUUAUUAUUAUUAGUUUAAUGUGAGGUGGCAGUUGAAAUGCGUUACAGAUUUAAUUCAUGGUCUCUCUUUUUUUUUUUUUUUUUAAAUGCAAAAUAGGAAAUGUAAAGAAAAAAAUGUGUAUUCACUCUCAUCAGUGGGUGAAGUCUAACCUGCCCCUUGUCUGCUUGUAGUAGUAUUAUUAUUAUUCUUCUUCUUAUUAUUAAUGUUGAUAUUAUAAAGAAGCUUGUCCUGCUAUGAGACAGCUGUUGAAGUCAAUGAAUUAUACUGGUACUUGCAGUCUUAUUUUUUGCAAUGUACUCCGGUAGUUUUUUUUCUUUUUCAUUACAAGGGCUAAUGAGGGGCUCUGUGAACAGCCUAAUAGAAACAGACUGGGUCGUGCGUCGCGGUGGGCUUCACUGUUGAGAAUGGGUGGGAUGGGGAGGCAUUGCUGCAGAUUUGGUGCACGAACGUUGGGGAGACUAACUGGGUGGCGUUUUUGCAAAAUUAAAAUAGUGCCAAUUCACAAUUUCUUAAAAUACUUUUAAGAGAUGCAGUAUCAGUUUUUAGAAUUUUAAGGAAACGAUUCUACUGACAUCUUGCACAGCAGAUGCAUUAUUUCAGAUAUUAGUAAUAAUAAUAAAGAAAUACGAAUCCAGUAGUGUUUCUUUGUUUGUUUAUAAUUGCAGAUCUAUUUUGUCCUCCUCGGCACAUCCAACACUAAUAAUCCAAGUGUAAAGCUUCACGCUCAAGUUUAUGAAGCCUCUGUAAUCCUGCAUCUUGUGUCCUAAAAAAGGUUUCUGCAUCCUUGUAAAAAAAAAAAAAAACAAUAAUUUAUAUGUUAUUGUUUUCUUUCUCCUGAAGUGCUAAUCCUGCCAAAAGACAUCAUGUGUCAAGAACUGUUCUGCUGAUCUGCCACAGUCGGUUGGGUAAAUAACUGGGUCUCCCCCUUGCCUCUGUAGUUGAGUGCGUCCGGUAUUCAGUAUUUUUCCUUGCAACUCUUGACUUGUUCAAGAAAUGUAUUUAAUUCUAACCACCCCCGGUUAAAAAUCGAUGCUGUCCGAGACUUUUUAAGGAAAUAUGUAAUACAGGAAACGUCCGGCUUAUCAGCGUCAGCCAUGGCAUGAAUAGGAUAGACAGGGAAGCAGUGGGUUUAUUUCAUCAUGUAGCAGAAAUACACACACACACACACACACACUCUUUUGGGGGUUUGGGGGAGGUUAAGAGGUGAAAUGUUCAUUAGUAUCCCGCGCAGAAUGAGUUUUGGCUUUUAAAAAAAAAAAAAAAAAAAAAAAAAAAAAAAAAGUUGUAAACUUUUUUUAAAAUGACUUCGUUUUUUGAACUCCUAACUGGGUUACCUGUACAGUAUUAAUUCUGAUCACUGGUUACAACAAAACAAAAAAACAACACUAAAACAAAAAAAUAUAUAUAUAAAUAAAUUAAAAUAUAUAAAAAAAAUAAAAAUAAAGUGUGAGUGGAACGUUAUUAAAUUUUAAAUAUGCAUCUUAAUAAGCUUCUCAGUAAUACAACACUAUAUUGCCAUCAUAUAUGUCUGGAAUGCAGUAGACGUUCCGUUUUGGUGUUUUGAAAGUUUGGUGUUUUGAAAGUUAAGAUUUAGUGUCUGAAAUAUAAUUUUUUUUUAAAUCUAGAUGUAUAGAAAUCCCAUCUCAUUAAACAGGUUGUAUAGCCCUGUAUACAGAUGCAUUGUGUGUGUAUGUAUAGGGAUCUUAAUGCAUCCGUUUAAUUUUCCUGACCUUGCAGUAAUUUAUUAUUUGAUUUUCAAGGUAUGUUUUUACAUUCCCCAUAAACUGAUCCAUCAUCAUUCAGCCUCUCCUGCUUUUCGGGGGGGCAAUUUUAUUGUUCUCUAUUAAAAUAUGUGCCAUGUUUGGAACAGUGGGCUUGGUUCCCAGAAAUGUAAGGACUUUUUUUUUUUUUUUUUUUUUUUCUUAAGUAUGUUUUGAUUGAAGUUUGAAACCCUUUACAACGAGAGGGUUUGGAAGAUGUAUUCUCAUUUGUGUUUAAAAUGCUGUUUGACAUCCGAGAAUGUGCUUAUAUAUAUAAAUCCUCCUUAAAGUUUUGUGAAUUGGGCCCAGUGUCGGGAUUGGAAAGGUGCAGCAUUUAUUUUUUUUGUUCUUCAGUGUCAUAAAAAUCAUGUUGAGCUCAUCCAAAAAAAAAAAAAAAAAAGGGUGGGGGAGUUGGGGGCGACGACGUCUGAUUUGUUAGCCUUUUCCUGCUCUGUUGUCUUCAUCUUUUUAUUUUUUAUGAUUUCUCCCAUUAGGCAUUAAGUGUUUUAUUUUUUAUGAUUUUUUUUUUUACAUACCUCAGGUAACUGCUUAGGCAGUUCCAGACACACUUUGUCACCAAAUGGAUUUUUAAUGUACUGCAAAUGUGCAACAACUUCUAUAAAAUGUUGAUUUGGUUUAAAUUCUAUUGUUACAAUCAUGCUCAAUAAAAUGUAAAUUCCUUAACCCUUUA